AUGGAGCUCGAGUCUGCCAUCCCGGCGCAUCUUCAACAACCCCGAACAGUGCCUGCGAGAACACCUGACAACUACCAGCCUCCCGUCCCGGCGUACAGCGCCAGAUUUCCCAUCGACACCAAGGACCUCGUCAUAGCCAUCAUCGGAGUCCAAAGAGGAGGCAGCAUCGAUCUCAGACCUCACAGCGCAGGCUUCAAGGAAAUUGUCUCUUUCGUCGAAGCUCCACUGGACAAAUCCAGACCUCGCUACUGGGAAGCUGCCACCGUGACCGACAACCGCGGCUACUUCAACGAGACUGCAAUCGCAUACUGGCAGACCAAGUCAGACUACGAGCAAUGGUCCACUGAGAGCGGCUUCAAGUCUUGGUGGGCAAGUCUCCAACCGGAGAUGGAAUCCGGAUGGUUUCUCGAAGUCCUACUCCCUUCGAUCGACCGAUUCGAGACUGUCUUCUCCGACAACAAUGAGCCAGAAGGAGCUGCCUUCAUGCGUGAGGGUGUGAGCGGUCCGAUCAAGGAACAUGUUUACUGGGGCAGCAUGAGAGAUCGCCUGCCUGUAGCUCAGGUCAACGAAUUGCACGGCGAUCGCAUGACUGAACAGAGUGGACAGAAGACGGACACGAAGUCUCAGCGAGUCCGAGUCGCCGGCAGGAAGAAUUUGGCUAUCAUUCGCAGCGGUCAGGACUGGUCGAACACGAAUCCGCACGAACGGGAGUUGUAUCUGAAUACCAUGCAUCCAGUAUUGAUCACAGGCAUGACGUUUCUUCGCGAUGAAGGCGAUGAGGUCGGCUGCAUCAAUUGCAGAUUCAUGGACGUCGUGCAGAAGGACGAAAGCGUGGACAAGCCGACUGACAAGACGUUCGGCCUGGCUUACUUCGAUCAAUUGGAGAGUCUCGAGAGCUGGAGCAAAGGCCACAAAACACAUCUCGAUAUCUUCGGGCGGUUCAUGCAGUAUGCGGGGGAGUUGCAGGGAAAUGUGUCGUUGCGAUUGUUUCACGAGGUGAUGGUGCUGGAUCCGGGACAGCAGUUCUUCGAAUAUGUCGGCUGUCAUAGUGGAACUGGGAUGUUGGCUUCGCUUUGA